AUGGGUUAUGAAGUAUCACUAUUUUUAGCAUCACGUGGUUGUAGAGUAAUAAUAGCUGACGUUGUAACAUACCAAUACUUAGAUUUAGCUAGUUUGACUUCCGUGCGAAAGUGUGCCGCCAUUUUGUUGUUUAAUGAGCCACGAUUGGAUAUUAUCAUCAAUAACGCGGGAUGUGCUGGGUUUAAACACAAAACUGAAGAUGAUAUAUACAAAGUGCUACAGGUUAAUUAUAUUGGACACUUCUUAUUGACACAUUUAUUAACACCUUUGUUAAUUAAAACAAAACAUUCACGUGUUGUAUUUGUUACUUCACUGCUUGCUUUCACAAAUAAUUUACACCUAGAGAAGGAAUACAAAGUACUCUAUACUGUGCAUUAUCAGAAAACGUACAAUCUGGUGACUUCAUAG